AUGGAGGUGAAGNGGGCUUUCAACGACGCCGUCANNAAGGGAGUUGUUCACGUUGCUACCAACAUCUCCUUCUCCAAGAACCCCAACGAUGUCAUUCCUAGUGUCAUCGCUGGCGUGACCCACACUCUCGAGGCCGCCGCUCAAGAACCCUUUGUUAAGCGAUUCGUCUUUACCUCAUCUUCUACUGCUGCCACCAAUCCCGUCCCAAACAAAGAGUUCAACAUUGACGAGAAUUCUUGGAACCAAGUCGCCAUUGACAAGGCUUGGGCCGACCCUCCCUACACUGAGGUGGAUAGAGCCUGGAAUGUUUAUGGCGCAAGCAAGACCCAAGGAGAGCAGGCUGUCUGGAAGUUCAUCAAGGAGAGCAAUCCUCACUUUGAAUGCAAUACCAUUCUGCCCAACGCAAACUUCGGUCCCAUUCUUGACAAGAGUCAGGACGCAAGCACUGCCGGCUGGAUCAGAGACGUCUUCACCAAGGGCUUUGCUCCCCAACUUCAACAAAUCCCACCCCGUAUGACACUCCUCUCUGCAACCACAGACUUUCGUAUACUGACACGUACAGAAUGGUUUGUCAAUGUUCGUGACACCGCACUCCUGCACAUUGCCGCUUUGAUUGAUGCCGAUAUCAAGAACGAACGCAUCUUCGCCUUCGCCGAGCCGUACAACUGGAACUCGGUUCUCGCCGCCAUGCGCAAGGCCCGUCCUGACAAGAAGGUUCCCGAAGACCUCGAAGACAACAGCAAGGAUUUGAGCAAGGUUUUGCCCAGAGCUCGUGCAGAAGAGAUAUUGAAGAAGAACUUUGGUCAGAACGGCUUUGUUGGUCUGGAGGAGUCCGUCAGACAGAACAUCGAGAACCUGUAG